AUGGGAACAGAGACUGCUCAACCGGAUGUCGAGGAAUCGACUGAGCCUCCUCCUCCUCCUCCAAGGGCCGCCAUCCUCCCUUGUCAGGCCUUAGACCCGCCGCCCCCCUCCCCGCGCUGCCUCGACCGCUGGGACAACGACACCCGCCCGCCCACCACCGCUACCACCUGCUCGCUGCCCGCUUGCAAGUGGUCCGACCAGUACCAAUAUGCCCACACCUUCCAGCCCGCCGACAUCGCCCGUAUCCUGGGCGUCGACCUGCACAAUGGGCUCCCUCCUGCCGAAGCCGCAUCUCGUCUGGAGCGGGAUGGCCCUAACAAGGUUAAAAGUGCUGAGGGCAUAUCCAUGUGGAAAAUUCUGUUAAGACAGGUGUCCAACAGUCUGACUUUAGUCCUUGUGAUGACCAUGGCGCUGUCUUUUGGAAUCAGCGACUUUAUUGAAGGAGGCGUCAUCACCGCCGUCAUUCUCCUCAAUAUCGUCGUAGGCUUCGUCCAAGACUACCGCGCUGAAAAGACCAUUCUCUCCCUCCAGGCCCUGUCCGCCCCCGUUUGUAAAGUCAUCCGUAACGGACGCAUUGACUCCGCCAAGGCUGAGACCCUGGUCGUCGGGGACCUCGUGCAGCUCGUAGUGGGCGACAUGGUCCCCGCCGAUCUGCGGCUCUUUGACGGCGUCAACGCCUCCACUGACGAAGCUCUCCUAACCGGAGAAUCGCUUCCCGUCUCCAAGCACCCCGAGCGUGUCUUCUCCACCCGUAAUAUGCCCGUGGGUGACCGCACCAACAUGGCCUACGCUGGCAGCAUCAUGACCCGAGGCCGUGCCACCGGCAUCGUGGUCUCCACCGCCAUGAACACUGAAGUGGGAAAGAUUGCCCAGCUUCUCCGAGAACAUCGGCCUGAAGAAGGCUCCAAUGUCCUCGUCCGGACUUGGCUGAGGUUCAAACGGAGCUUAGCCAUUGUCCUGGGCCUAGUGGGAACGCCCUUGCAGGUGCAGCUCAGCAAAUUCGCUUUGAUGCUUUUCGGCCUGGCCAUCUUGCUGGCCAUCAUUGUAUUUUCUGCUAACAAGUGGAACAUUCAAGGAGAAGUUUUAAUCUAUGGCAUCUGUGUCGCCGUCGCCGUCAUCCCUGAAUCCCUAAUUGCUGUGCUUACCAUCACUAUCGCAGUUGGCACCAAAGCCAUGGCCAGAGGUAAUGUUAUUGUCAGAAAGCUCCAGGCUCUCGAGGCCGUCGGAGGUGUCACCAACAUCUGUUCCGACAAGACAGGCACCCUCACUCAGGGGAAAAUGAUUGCCAAGAAGGCUUGGAUUCCUGGUGCAGGAACCCUCACCAUCCACAACACCACUAGCCCCUUUAACCCGCAGAGCGGCUCGGUUCAGAUCGAUGGCUCUGAUGUUCAUCUGAAUUCAGAAAAGCUAGACAAUGACUCCUCAUUGAGUAAAUUUUUGCGCACGAUCUCACUCUGCAACUUGUCAUCCAUCUAUGAUCCACCACAGGCGUCGUCAGGAGACGGCAAGGCCGCAGCAGAUUCUAACAAAGAAUGGACUGCUGUUGGUGAGCCUACUGAGAUAGCACUGCACGUCCUCGCCAUUCGCUUCAAUUCGGGCAAACAGACCCUACUUCACAACGAGCCGUCCGAGUUACUGGCUGAAUUUCCGUUCGAUUCAGCUAUAAAACGCAUGACGGUAGUCUACCAGAAGAAUGAUUCAAGUUCUGCUGACGUAUACACCAAAGGCGCUACAGAAUCCCUGUUACCCCUUCUUUCUAUCCCAGAAAAUAUGAAGGAAGAGAUUCGUGCCAUGGUCGAUAGGCUCGCUGGAGAAGGCCUCCGGGUCCUCUGCGUUGCCCACAAGACUCUCAACUCUAACGAUCUUGAUAAGGUCUCGGACCGUGUGGCAAUCGAGGCUAACCUAAACUUUGUUGGCCUUGUCGGUUUAUAUGACCCUCCACGAGUCGAAACCGCUGGCGCUGUGAGAAAAUGUCAUAUGGCAGGAAUCACAGUGCAUAUGCUUACUGGAGAUCAUGUUAAAACGGCGACGGCGAUAGCUUAUGAAGUCGGCAUUCUGGGCUCCAUCGUUCCCUCCGCCCAAGCUAGCACCGUUGUCAUGGCUGCAGAAGACUUCGACAAAUUGUCAGAUACUGAAAUAGACGCCAUCGAGGCACUUCCCUUAGUCAUCGCACGGUGCAGUCCAACGACGAAAGUUCGAAUGGUCGAAGCCAUGCAUAGACGAGGGGCUUUCUGCGUCAUGACUGGCGAUGGUGUCAAUGAUUCGCCGGCCUUGAAACGGGCUGAUGUUGGUAUUGCCAUGGGAAAGAAUGGAAGUGAUGUCGCCAAAGAUGCCGCCGACAUGGUGUUGACUGAUGAUGAUUUCGCCUCCGUCGUCAAGGCUGUGGAAGAAGGCCGGCGUCUCUUCGACAACAUUCAAAAGUUCUUGAUGCACCUGCUAAUAUCAAAUAUUGCCCAAGUCGUCCUCCUGCUUAUUGCCCUUGCAUUUAAGGAUCAGGACGGCAAUUCCAUCUUCCCCCUUUCUCCAUUGGAGAUUCUCUGGGCGAAUCUUGUGACAUCAUCAUUCCUAGCUCUUGGCCUAGGAGUCGAGGAAGGCCAACCAGAUCUAAUGUUCCGCCCACCACACGAUCUUCGCGUUGGUGUCUUCACUCGAGAGCUGAUUACAGAUAAAAUGAUCUACGGCACUUUCAUGGGCAGCUUGUGCCUUGCAGCGUUCGUUUCGGUGGUCUACGGUGCUGGCAACGGAUAUCUUGGAAGAGCCUGCAACCAAGACUGGAACCAUACCUGCCAUGUCGUCUUUCGAGCCCGUGCCACCACUUUUGCAACUCUUUCCUUGCUCCUCCUCGUAACGGCAUGGGAAGUGAAACAUUUCUCGCGAUCCUUGUUUAACAUGGACCCCAACCGGCACAAAGGCCCGUUUUCGAUCUUCCCCACUCUCUGGAGGAACCGAUUUCUCUUCUGGGCCGUUGUCGCCGGCUUCUUUAUUUUAAUUCCCGUGAUCUAUCUCCCCACUGUGAACCAGUUAGUGUUUAAACACUCUACUAUCACUUGGGAAUGGGGCAUAGUAAUGGGAUGCGUGGUGACGUAUAUCAUGUUGGUUGAGAGCUGGAAGGCCGUGAAGCGGUCGUGGGGCAUUGGAAGUGGGAAGAAUCAAGUCCUCACCAUUGAGGAUGCAGAGAUGAGAGUUGGUCUGGUUCCUGCUGCCAGUCUUCUAGUGGAGUCCAGGGAAGAUACCCUGGAAAAGAAAUAA